AUGGGUGAUGUCCCGUUCAAAGGAUACAGAAAUGACAGCAUUGAACCUCUUAUUCAGUUUCCUUGUAAAAAUGCAGUGACCUAUGAUGAUAUACAUAUCAACUUCACUUUGGAAAAGUGGAAUUUGCUGGAUCCUUCCCAGAAGAAUCUGUACAAAGAUGUGAUGCUGGAGACCUAUAAGAACCUCACUACUAUAGGAUACAAUUGGGAAGACCAUAAUAUUGAAGAACAUUGUCAAAGUUCUAGAAGAUAUGACAGGUAA